AAUCCGUCUUCGCGAUGUUAGGGUUUUAACUUUUAAAUCGUUGGCGUUUUACCUCUGAAAGAAAGACAACUUCAAUAGUGAUUGUUCAACGAAACGGUGCAAUCGAAAAUGAGGGAAACAGAAAGCACGGUCAAUCGUCUUGCCGAGAGUGAUGAAAACCCACCGCAAGACAUGGAGCUUAACCGCAAGCGAGAAGCGGAAUCUGAGAACCCCGAUUUGGCGGCUGUUAAGAAGCCGAGAGUCCACGCGGAAAACGCGGCUGAGAAGAGUGAUUCGGAUGUGAAAGAUGGGAAAUUUCUGGGAGAGGGAUCAAGUGAAAGGGGCGAGCGAAAUGAAUGUGCGGAGGAAGAUAUGAAGAAGGAGACGAGCUUGGAGAUUGAAGCGGAUGCCGCUGAAGAUAAGGGGUUAAGGCACUCCAUGGAAGAUGCUUGGGUGGUGCUUUUGGACGCUAGUCUCGGUUCUCCAGGCAAAUUGAGGUGUGCGCAUUUUGCGAUAUAUGAUGGGCAUGGAGGUCGGUUAGCUGCGGAGUAUGCCCAGAAGCAUUUGCACGAGAAUGUUCUGUCAGCUGGCUUACCACGUGAGUUGUUGGAUGUUAAAGCUGCCAAGAAGGCCAUACUUGAUGGGUUUCGGAAAACUGAUGAGUCACUUCUUCAACAAAGUGUCUCGGGGGCUUGGCUGGAUGGUGCAACAGCUGUCUGUGUUUGGGUAUUGGGACGAAAAGUUUUUAUUGCUAAUAUUGGGGAUGCAAAAGCAGUGUUAGCACGAUCUUUUGCUUCUGAUGGACUGAAUCAUUCUGACGGAGCUAGUCCAUUGAAGGCCAUUGUUUUAACAAGAGAACACAAAGCCAUCUUUCCACAAGAACGCACUCGCAUUCUGAAGGCUGGCGGGACUGUGACAAAUGGACGAUUACAGGGGCGCCUUGAAGUUUCUCGGGCUUUUGGUGAUCGCCAAUUCAAGAAGGUAGGGGUGGUUGCAACUCCAGAUAUUCAUUCUUUUGAUCUUACAGAGAAGGAGCACUUCAUAAUUCUUGGUUGCGAUGGCCUCUGGGGGGUAUUUGGACCUAGUGACGCUGUUGAAUUUGUUCAGAAAUUAUUGAAGAUAGAAUAAUUUGAACUGUGUAGCAGCCUGCCUCUCUGUUGGUCCCUUUGUCAUUGUUUAACACAACUGGUACUGGACAUUUUUUGUUUUACUGGUUUUUGGUCUGGUUAAGUGAAUGUGAAGAUGCUUCCACAACCUUCCCUGAUAGUAUCAUCUCCUAGCUAUGCUAGAAUAUGUGUCCUCACAGUAGUUAGUCGUAAGAAGAUGGUUCCCAUGGAACACCUCUGGGUUAGUUUAAUGAUAUAUUAUUCUGUUAUAGUUUGUAGCUCUGUCUCAAGCUUAUUUGGUUGGUUAGAUUUUUUACUUUUUAAUGAAAUUCUGUUUUGAUGGGUUGGAUGGCAUGGGAAUCGUAUCUAGUCUAUCUUAUCAUUUCUACCUGUUAUGUCCAUCUUGAACCAUGGAAUUUGAUUCACAGUUUCACACAGUUUGUUGUUGUUUGUGCAUUAUCAUAAAAUUUCUUUUGUACUGAUGGAAGGCAGAUAUUCCCAGGUGUUGCUUACAUGUGGAAGUUAGUUUGUAGUGUAUUGUAUAUGUAUGCUGUUGAACAUUCGCAAUUGACCUUCAACAACAUUUUGUAUUCUUCAAUAAAUGAUUAUAUAGAAGGCUAAAAAUACUU